CUUAGUUUUAUAAUUCUUUUUUAUUUUAAUCAUCUUCUUCCUCUCUUCCACCAGAAAAUGUGAUUCCGCUUUUGGAUUCUGGUAAAUCGAUUUCAUAUUUGUAUGAUCACAGGAACAGAGAACGGAGAUUUCAACUCAAACUACCUCCAUCUCCUCGAUCCGAACCAGGUUCAUCUGUUUGAUGUUACUUACUUGGAUAUAAUAUGCUGCUUCUAUUCUUCAAUUUGAUACGACCUGGGGAAAGCUGUUGUCUGGCCACAGGGAUCAUGAUAAAUUGACUUGAAGAUAUACAGGAUAUUGAUCUUAGUGGGGAAACAUAAAAUUUCUUUUGUAUAAUGGGAGUACGUUACUUAUCCUUCUCAGCAGGCUCUACAUUGCUGAGCUUUGUUGGCCUCCACUAUUGGAUCACACAAUUACUCCAGAAUCUUAUAUCAGAUGGAUUAAUUAGAGAUGAGUCUUUUGACCCGCGAAACAUCCACCAUGCUUUGGAGUUACUUUUGGGAUCUAGUACCACAAUUGUUCUAUUGGCAAAUUUUGGAGUUAAUGCUUUUAUCCUUCUUGUCUUGAGUCUUAAAGAAGUCUUUUUUAUGGAAUUGUAUCCUUCUGAAUCUCGUAAACUUAUGGAGCGGCUUGUUAAUUAUGUAAUUUACAAGGGAACUUUUCUUCCACUGGUGGUCCCACCAACUAAAUUUCAAGCAGGUGUAUGGUCAUCAUGGUUGUUGGUUCUUUGUUCAUUAAAGAUGUUUCAGGCUUUGGCUAGAGACCGACUUGAGCGUUUGAAUGCAUCUCCAUCGGCUAGUCCCCGGACAUAUUUUCGUGUAUAUUCUGUGUUACUGUUCGUCCUUUCAGUUGACCUGAUCUGGAUACAGGUGUGCCUGGCGAUUGGAAGAACAUUAGACCCAUCUGUGGUCCUGCUACUAUUCUUUGAGCCACUGAGUAUUGCUUUUGAGACGUUGCAGGCCAUUGUAGUUCAUGGAUUUCAGCUGCUCGAUAUUUGGGUAUAUGAUUCGGCAGGAGAUACCAAGAAUUGCCAAAUUUCAAAACUCAAGUCUGCUGCAGGUCUAUGGGAAUGGAAGGGCAACAUAAUAAGGAACUUGGGUUUUUUGCUGGAUAUUAUGACAUUGUUAAUGGCUCUAGGUCAUUAUGUGCAUAUCUGGUGGCUUCAUGGCAUGUCAUUCCAUCUUGUUGAUGCAGUCCUUUUCCUAAAUAUCAGGGCCUUGCUAAGUGCAAUAGCAAAGCGUAUCAAGGGGUUUGUUAGACUAAGGAUGGCUCUAGGCACCCUUCAUGGUGCUCUUCCAGAUGCAACACACAACGAAAUUCAGGCAUACAAUGAUGAAUGUGCCAUUUGUAGGGAACCCAUGGCUAAGGCCAAGAAAUUAUCAUGUAAUCAUCUUUUCCAUCUUCUGUGUCUGAGAUCCUGGUUAGAUCAAUGUACAAAUGAGAACUACCCAUGUCCUACAUGUCGCAAGCCGCUUUUUCAAGGCAGAACUGAAGAUGAGUUGAGUCCUCAUGCAGCUGAUGUUUCAAAUGACGAGCAACUUGCUCGUCAAAUAAGCUCUGGACUUGAUCAGCACACUCCUGCUCAGAUAUCUGCAGGAGUGUUUUCCAACCCAACACAGAACCCUCUGGAAACCAGUCCUUGGAGUGGGGCAGGACUAGAACCGAGUUGGUUGCAUGGUUGGUCAGGGCAGGGUGUUGAUGGCGCUGGUCCAUCUACAAGACCAGCCGGACUUGGGAGGGUCCAGAUGAUGAUGAGACAACUAGCAGCUGUUGGUGAAACGUAUGCACAAACUACCCUUGAAGAUACUGCUUGGAAUCUAUGGCCUAUUAAUAAUAAUACAUCUCAAGUUGGUGCAUCCACUUCAUCAUCCAUUCCUCCUCCUCCUCCUCCCGGUUCAGCAAGACAUCUCCACCACCGAUCAAGCGGUUUGCACAUUAGAACUGCUUCUCUUUCAAAUGACCACACUGCAAAUAUACUUGCCAUGGCUGAAACAGUCAGAGAGGUGCUGCCUCAUGUUCCAGAGCAGUUAAUUUUUGAGGAUUUGCAGCGCACUAAUUCGGUCACAGUAACUGUGAAUAAUCUUCUUCAAAUGUGAUUUGUAUAGCUUAAUAAUCUCUUGACAAAGCAGCUGCAUAGAGAGGAAAGAAAAAGAGAGUGAGAGAGAGAUGGUGGUUGAAGAACACUUUGUAAAGGUUCUUAGAGAUAUUAGCAGAGUUUUCCUGGAGCUGCUGCUACCUAAUAAAUUGCCCAUUUCUUCUUAUAAUACAUGUCUGGAAAAUUCAAUAGUAUAUAUAUAUAUAUACUCGUGAAGAGAAAAAAAAAACGAGAAAAAGUGAGUAUAUCGACCCCUUACCACUACUACUACUACUAGUACGAUUUCCUUGCCAAAAUUUGUGUUGCGUUUUCUUUAGUUUCCUUUUGUUGGGUGGGCGGAGGAAAAACGUAGUCUAUUAUUAGAUUAUUAUGAGUUUGGUUUGUACAGUUGGCAUAAUCUUUUUCUUGAUUUCUCUCAUCUGGCAAUAAACUUGGUUGCCCUUAAUAACAAGCAGCAGUUGGUGUUCUUGAA